GUGUGACGUGGUGAGCUGCUGGCAGCAAAAUAGGACAAGGACUUUGAAGUGCCCUUCCUUCCCUGACACUUAAAGGCCUAUCCUUCUAUCCGUCUAUUCGAGUUCCAAACUCCUCUUUCAGAUCUCGCUUCUCUCUAACAGUCACAGCACAGCUCAUCCCAACUCUAAAGCCUUGGAAAGCUGAUAGACAGGAAUCAGGGAUGGGUAUGGCAACGACUAUGACCAUGAAUAUGAGAUUACAGUUUCCUGGUGUUGUCAAUCAUAAUCAGACUUCAUUUUUGGGAGUUCCCAUGAGGCUGCCGUAUGAAAAAUAUUCACACCCAUCGGUUCCCUCUCUUCACUUCAAUGUUCAAGCCAAAGCUCACACUAGAAGAGAAGACUGUCAUGCCCGUCAUUCUCGCGUUAGGAAGAAGGUUGAAGGGAAACAAGAUAGACCACGACUGUGUGUCUUCCGCUCCAACAAGCAUCUCUAUGUCCAAGUCAUUGAUGACUCAAAGAUGCACACACUUGCUUCUGCUUCAACAAUGCAGAAACCAAUUUCUGAGGAGUUCAACUACUCAUCUGGUCCCACUAUUGAAGUGGCAAAGAGGGUUGGCGAAAUCAUUGCAAAAUCCUGUUUGGAGAAAGGGAUCACAAAGGUGGCCUUUGACAGAGGUGGAUAUCCAUAUCAUGGACGCAUAGAAGCGCUUGCUGCUUCCGCUAGAGAGCAUGGCCUUCAAUUUUAAACUUGGAGUAGUUAGUUUUCUUGUGAACUUUGUUCUUUUUAUUCUUCCUUUAAUCCUUAUAUUAGACAGCAUGAAGAAUCCUUUCUCGUAUCAUACUUAGACAUGUAUUUGAUUGACUUUUGUAUUUCUCUUAUGAAUUCAUUGUUAGAGCAUACGUUAAAAUUUUGGAAUAUAUUUUUAUCCUAUGAAAGAGUUUGCAGCAGAAAUAGCGCAAGGAUUUGUGAUAUAGGUUACUUGAAAUGCCAACUUCAAGAACAAAUAGUGUUCCUAAGAGGAGGACUUGAAUGAGCUGUCAUAUACUUCAGUGUAGACAAACUUUGAUUGAGAGUAAAAGAUCGAGCAGAUACGAUGGCAAGAAAGACCAAACAGAAUCCUAAAAGGCCAACCAUCCCUUGGAUCAGUUGUUAUGUAUUAGAGUUGGUACUUGGAGAUUACAGGUUUUAAAGAGUUUAGACAUG